CGACAGUAAAAACCGGUAACAAUGCUUGGGGACCUCUGGGCCAAUAUGUCCGCCGCGACGAGUUCGUAUGCAUUGCCAUCGUCGGUUUCCGGUGAUAUUGCCUACAUUUUGGGUAUGCCAAAGACGAGGAAACUCCGAGGCCCAUAGAGACGAUUCCACUACCUGAUUCGCCUAGGAGUGGCGUUAGGGAACCAUCGUAUGGGAAAGGCGGCGGCGGGCUUUAUGGAGGUGCAGGUUGCAGAUGCGGGUGGUUCUGCCACUAUGUAAGAGAACACGGAUAGUAGGUUCGUGUCUCAAACGAGAGCGGAGGUACGAGCCACAUCUCGCUCUUUUCCCUUCGGUCUCCACCUGUGCACCGACCCAUGGCAAACGUCAUGGAUGGAAAAAUGAAGGGCUUGCGACGCGGAUGACUGGGUGGAAUCACUGCACGGGACUCAUCAGUAGCCUGAUUCGCAACGACUUUUGCGCAACGAGUUCCCUCCAUCUCCCCCACUCACUUAGUCUUCACCUUCCCCCAAACCAUCGACCGUUCGCCGCGCGCAAGGCUUUGUGGAGUCUUAAGCGAGUCAACAGGAGCUACCACCUGGACGUCCUUAACCUUAUACCCAAUCUUGCUCCAUUUCUCGACAUUGACAUCAGCGAUCUGAGCAUCGACGAGCAUAUCAAGGCCACCUGGGACGAGCCCACUCGCUCUAAGGAGAGCAUCUUCUCAUUGAAUAACGGAUAA